ACUAGGAGUGGGAUCCAGGCUCCUCUCCCACAGAAAGCGGUGACUUCACUUCAUGGCGCAUGGGAAGCCGCUGGCUCUGGUGGCCAAAGGAGUGAAUGCUGCUGUGCUCUUGCUGGCCCUGGUGGGACAGGAAGCCUGAACCUGGGUGAGGGCUGACCGCUGCCCAGCAUGUCUUCUGGCCAAGGCCCCCAUAUGCCCCUUCUCUGCAGGGCUCUGGCACCCCAGGCCAUGGCAUUGCAAGCCUCCCUGCGACAGAGCCUUGUAAACAGUGAGCCCAGCUCCCACACAAAGUGGGACCUUAAGCCCUCAUCCUCGGUUGAGAGUAAAAGGCUUUCUCCCUUAGGGGGAGAAUGUCCAGCACUGGCUGAUACUAGGGAGGGAGUGGGGAGAAAGCCAGGCCAGUUCACCGGGUAUGAGCUGCAGUUCCCCACACUCACCCUGCCGGUUUCAGAGCCCCGGUCCACCUGGAGCCAUGCAGGCUGCUAUGCUGGGAUGGCCUGGACAGAGUGGGCCAAGGGCUAGUCUUUCUCUCCCUGACCUUAACCUGUCUUCAGUCACUGGCCCUGUGAAGAGCCAGCCACUCCUGCCAGAGUUUCAAACCCAUAGAGAGGGCUCCAUCUGCACCCGGGUCUUCCAUGCCUCAGACACUCCUAGAUACUGCUUUGCCCAGGUGUCUCUGAGGAACACCCCCUAGGUCCUCGCCCACAGGCAGGGGAAGGGGCUGCCCUGGCUCCCCCGGACUUCAGCUUAGUGUAUCAGGCAUUUCUGGGUGUAUGCCCCAUAGCAGGCUUGCACCAUAUUCCCCUCAGAAACCUGCAGUGAAGCACAGUUCCCUGAUGGCCGCCUCCCACUCACUUGCAGAGGAGACAGGCUUGUGGAUGCAGGUGCCACACUGGGGGCGUGGCAGGAGGGGGUGUGUCCAGAAUAGGGCCUAGCUUGGGCGUGGCCUGGUAGUGGUGACUGCCUGCCAGAGGUGAGGGGUUUCAUCAGGCUUCACUGGUGAAGCCUUGACUCACGCAGGCUUGAAAUGGGUAGAACUGUUCGGUUUUUCCAUAGGCAGCCUGCCCAGGGUCACAGCUGUGUGGAGCCAUGGGAGGUGGGGCUGGGGGCUGGAGGCUGGAGGGGAAGGUCAGGGCCACAAUGAACAUGGCAUCACAUACCCAGGGGAGAAACUCGGACCUGGUCUGGCAGGUCGGGAGGAACCUGUGUUUGUAAAUACUCCAGCAGCCUUGUGGAGGAUGCUUUGGUGGGCAGAGGUGGAAGGAUGGGGUGGUGACAUUGGAGGUGGGGGUCUGUAGCAGUGAGAGGGGCAAUGGCAGUGGCAGCAGAGAUUACGGGUAACCCCAGCUAGUCUUGGGGACUGGCAUGGAGGAAGAGGGUGGUGUCUAGGAGUUGAGGAGCAGGAAGGACAAGGGGCUUUGGGGUCAGACAGAGCAGAAAGAAUUCCAGGUUCCUGGCAGGGCGAGCCUUGGUGGACACAGGAUGCUGAGGCAGGCUUGUGGGGGACAUGUCUUAGGACUUACAAAGGGACGUGACUAACCACUGGGAAGUGAGUACAGGUGUAACAUGCAGAGGGUGACAGGGCUGAAGGAACCCCCAGAACUUAGCCUCUAGGGUAGUUAGGACCAGGAGCAUGAAUGGGGCCACUGGAGGAGCCAGGGUUGGACACAAGGGACUCCCCCCCCCCCCCACCCCGGGCCCCUCAGUGGUCAGAGGAGAGUGGCUGGGCCAGUCAGCAGUUGGCCAUCUCAAGCAACUGUGUUAGGGAAGCUUCAGAGCCAUGGGCUCGGACCUCAGGUUCUGAUACGACAGAUUUGGCUGGGGCCAGAGGUUUCGUUUUGAAGGCUUUUUGUGGUUCUGGUGAACCAGGUUUGCACUGCACGCAUAAGUGGGCUGGGCCUGGCUGCUGAGCGGAGAGCCAGGAACCAGCCAGAGGCCUUCCAGUGGCGCCUGCAGCUGAGCCCAGGCCUACGAGGGAAGGGUGUCCAGCGCAGGGUCGAGCUGCACUUGGUCACUGAGCACUGCCCAGGCUGCAGAGUCCAGUGAACCAAGCCCUCCCUGCCUUCCCGAAGCCUGCAUUCCAGGGGCGGCUCCAGAGCUCUGCCACCAUGCCUGGAAGCCCUCCAUCCUGUGUCAGGCUGCUUUAAGCUGCAGGGAGUGGAGAGGGAGAGGCCCUGAGACAGCGGGACACGGGGACCCUAAGCCGGGCAGGGUUGAGAGACCCACUCUGGGCUUCUCAGCUGUCAGGACCUGCCCUGGGCUCUUGCCAUGCCAGCAGGGGUGGGGUGGGAGUCUGUGGGAAUGGCUGGAGCUCUUCAGUGGUAAGGAUCCCCUGCCCUCUUUGGAGGGCCUACCAUAUGCCAGACGGUCGGGUGUGUUAUGGACUUUACUUCCCAGAUGAGUGAGCUUAGGCACACACAGAUGGAGUGACUUGUGCAGCUAGCAAGAGGCAAGGUCAGGACCUGAGCUGAGAUCUGACUCCGCAGUGUGUGCCCUUAUUCCCUGGGCAGCGACAGUUAGCACCUAUUAGCCAACGGCAUCGAUAAGAACAAAAGCCUCAGGGCGGAAGUCCCAGGCCCUACCCCGGAGCCUGUGCUGACACAGGCCUGGAAUGAAGGCCCUUUGUGAGGUGGCCCUGGGAGCUGGCAGCAGGUUCCGACCUGCCAGGAGAGGGACAACAGGAGCCAGGACCUGUGUAGAAGAUGGUUCUCACCAUGCUGGGGGCUCUGCACCCCAGGGCUGGGCUCAGCCUCUUCCUCCUCCACCUCCUCCUGGCAGCGGCACUGCUUCCCUCCCAGCCUCUGAGGUGCCUCCUGGGGCAGAAGGGCAGGGCACCGGGGGCUGGGCAGCAAAGGUCUCAACGGUCUGUUCCCGAGGCGUUCUCUGCCCCCUUGGAACUCUCACAGCCAUUUUCCGGCCUGGUGGAUGACUAUGGCGUCCGCCCCAAGCACCCAUGGCCAAGAGGGCCUCGACCCCUCCUGUCCCGGGCCCAGCAGCGCAAGAGGGAUGGGCCCGACAUGGCCGAAUAUUACGACGAUGCCCACCUUUGACCCCAGGCCCUCAUAAAGCUAUUCCGCGUCGCAAAGGCUUGG